AUAGACUCGUCCAAGGUUAGGGCCUCCAGUGCAACCACCUGCCAGCCACGCGCAGCUGAGCGCUGCCUGCGCCGCGUGCCCUCCAGCCGAGAGGCGGCGCUGUGGAGGCGGAAGGCCGCUUCCGGCCGGCUCGUCCCUUCCUCCCGCCACCGGCGCGGGCACGUCCUGUUUUCGUUGGCUGCGCUGGGAUGGCCGCCGCCGCUGUGGCUGCCUCCGCUUCUUAGUGCGGGUUCACGCUCGGCGCCCUCAGGGUAGCGCGGCUUCCUCGUGCGUCCGGCUCGUCUGCGUGUGCUUCCCAAGGGCGUCGGCGUUCCCACAGCCGGCAGCAUGGGCCGGGAGUCACGCCACUAUCGGAAGCGAUCAGCAUCCCGGGGCCGCUCGGGAAGUCGUUCUAGAAGUCGUUCGCCUUCGGACAAAAGGAGUAAACGAGAUGACAGACGGUCGCGAAGCAGGGAUCGAGACAGAAGAAGGGAGAGGUCCCGGAGCAGGGACAAAAGGCGCUCUCGGUCCCGGGACAGGAAGCGGCUGAGACGCUCCAGGAGCAGAGAGAGAGACAGAAGCCGAGACCGGAGGAGGUCUCGCAGCCGAGAUCGGAGGCGCUCACGAAGUAGAAGCCGAGGCCGGCGGUCCCGGUCCUCCAGUCCUGGCAACAAGAGCAAGAAGACCGACAAUCGUCGUUCUAGGUCCAAAGAGAAAGCAGAUAGUGGAGAAAGUUCGAAAGAUAAGAAAAAAGAUAAAGAUGACAAAGAGGAUGAAAAAGAAAAAGAUGCUGGCAACUUUGACCAGAAUAAACUGGAAGAAGAAAUGCGAAAGCGAAAAGAAAGAGUAGAAAAAUGGCGAGAAGAACAGCGUAAAAAGGCCAUGGAAAACAUAGGGGAAUUGAAAAAGGAAAUUGAAGAGAUGAAGCAAGGGAAAAAAUGGAGUUUAGAGGACGAUGAUGAUGAUGAAGAUGAUCCUGCAGAAGCUGAAAAGGAAGGAAAUGACAUGGAGGGAGAGGAGUUAGAUCCCCUGGAUGCUUACAUGGAAGAAGUGAAGGAGGAAGUGAAAAAGUUCAACAUGAGGAGUGUAAAAGGUGGUGGGGGUAAUGAAAAGAAGUCAGGACCAACUGUCACGAAAGUUGUCACUGUCGUGACAACCAAGAAAGCGGUCGUGGAUGCUGAUAAGAAGAAAGGGGAGUUGAUGGAGAAUGAUCAGGAUGCCAUGGAGUAUUCUUCAGAGGAGGAAGAAGUUGACCUGCAAACGGCCCUUACGGGCUAUCAGACAAAACAGAGAAAACUCCUAGAACCCGUUGAUCAUGGAAAAAUUGAAUAUGAACCAUUCAGAAAAAACUUCUAUGUUGAAGUUCCAGAACUAGCAAAAAUGUCUCAAGAGGAGGUGAAUGUCUUUCGAUUGGAAAUGGAAGGUAUUACAGUCAAAGGAAAAGGCUGUCCUAAACCAAUCAAGUCUUGGGUCCAGUGUGGAAUUUCCAUGAAGAUCUUAAAUUCCCUCAAAAAACAUGGGUAUGAAAAGCCCACGCCAAUCCAAACCCAAGCAAUUCCUGCCAUAAUGUCCGGAAGAGAUUUGAUUGGCAUUGCCAAAACAGGAAGUGGAAAGACCAUUGCUUUUCUGUUGCCCAUGUUUAGACACAUCAUGGAUCAGAGGUCAUUAGAAGAAGGAGAGGGACCAAUAGCUGUCAUCAUGACUCCAACUCGAGAACUGGCUCUACAAAUUACUAAAGAAUGUAAGAAGUUUUCAAAGACCUUGGGACUUCGAGUGGUGUGCGUUUAUGGAGGAACAGGAAUCAGUGAGCAGAUCGCUGAGCUGAAGAGAGGUGCUGAAAUUAUUGUUUGCACACCUGGUCGAAUGAUUGACAUGUUAGCUGCUAACAGUGGUCGGGUCACGAAUCUUCGAAGGGUGACAUACGUUGUUUUAGAUGAAGCUGAUAGAAUGUUUGAUAUGGGUUUUGAACCACAGGUCAUGCGUAUUGUGGACAAUGUUCGUCCUGACCGCCAGACAGUUAUGUUUUCGGCUACUUUCCCCAGAGCCAUGGAGGCUUUGGCUCGCAGAAUCCUCAGCAAACCCAUUGAAGUGCAGGUUGGAGGCAGGAGUGUCGUCUGCUCUGAUGUGGAGCAGCAAGUGAUUGUGAUCGAAGAAGAGAAGAAGUUUCUGAAGCUGCUGGAGCUUCUGGGCCACUACCAGGAGUCGGGGUCCGUGAUCAUCUUUGUGGAUAAGCAGGAGCAUGCCGAUGGGCUCCUCAAGGACUUGAUGAGAGCGUCCUACCCGUGCAUGUCUCUCCAUGGAGGAAUUGACCAGUAUGACAGAGACAGCAUUAUCAAUGACUUCAAAAAUGGGACUUGCAAACUCCUUGUGGCUACCUCUGUUGCUGCCCGUGGUCUCGAUGUGAAACAUCUGAUUCUUGUGGUGAACUACAGCUGCCCCAACCAUUAUGAGGAUUAUGUGCACAGAGCAGGACGGACUGGAAGAGCGGGCAACAAAGGUUACGCCUACACUUUCAUCACGGAGGAUCAGGCGCGCUACGCUGGCGACAUCAUCAAAGCGCUGGAGUUGUCGGGGACUGCGGUGCCUCCUGAUCUGGAGAAGCUCUGGAGCGACUUCAAGGACCAGCAGAAAGCUGAAGGAAAAAUAAUUAAGAAGAGUAGUGGGUUCUCUGGCAAGGGAUUCAAGUUUGAUGAAACAGAACAAGCUUUGGCCAAUGAGAGGAAGAAGUUGCAGAAAGCAGCUCUCGGUCUGCAAGACUCCGAUGACGAGGAUGCGGCUGUGGAUAUUGAUGAACAAAUUGAAAGCAUGUUUAACUCGAAGAAGAGAGUGAAGGAUAUGGCUGCUCCAGGGACAUCGAGUGUUCCUGCUCCAACUGCAGGAAAUGCUGAGAAGUUAGAAAUCGCGAAGAGGCUGGCUCUGCGAAUCAAUGCUCAGAAGAAUUUGGGCAUCGAGUCUCAGGUAGAUGUGAUGCAGCAGGCCACCAAUGCAAUUCUCAGAGGUGGCACCAUUCUUGCACCCACUGUGUCUGCAAAAACCAUUGCAGAGCAACUUGCUGAAAAGAUCAAUGCCAAGCUCAAUUAUGUGCCUUUAGAGAAACAAGAAGAAGAAAGACAGGAUGGCGGACAGAACGAAUCUUUUAAGAGAUAUGAGGAAGAAUUAGAGAUCAAUGACUUCCCACAGACCGCCAGGUGGAAAGUUACCUCCAAGGAGGCGCUGCAGAGAAUCAGCGAGUACUCCGAAGCCGCGAUCACCAUCAGGGGAACAUACUUCCCUCCUGGCAAAGAGCCCAAGGAAGGAGAGCGGAAGAUCUACUUGGCAAUCGAAAGUGCCAAUGAACUGGCUGUGCAGAAAGCAAAAGCGGAAAUCACCAGGCUCAUAAAAGAAGAAUUGAUAAGACUGCAAAAUUCAUACCAACCAACCAACAAAGGAAGAUACAAAGUCUUAUAAGCAUCUGGAAAAAAAACAUUUUUACUUGUGCUGGUCUGUAAUACAUGUGAAAGUUGUUGUCUGACGUUUACAAUGUAUUGUAAAUUAAGAUUUUUUAAAAUUCUGCCUUGCUAAAUUUUUGAAUACAAGAAACCAGUACUUGCUAGGGAAAUCUGUCAGUAAGUACCCCACAGUUGUUUGGACUGUGUUUCAAACAAGCUUGUUUGGAGAGUAGAAUGUCGUUUAAAUGUAAAACUGAUGUUUUAGCUGCCUGGGUAGUAAGUAGACAAGAAGUUUAACAGAGGGAAAUGCUUGGACUUUGUCUUGAAGGUAAUAAAGUACAAAUGUCACUAGGGGGCUCUUCACCUAAUCCUCCUCCGAUGAAAUUGUGAUCCUCUCCUGGAAGAAUGCAAUAUUCUCUGUCAUAUUUUGUGUCCCCCUCCACCUUUGUCUUAAAUCUUCCCUGACUCAGUGAAACAAUAUGAACUGGAUUUAAGAAUAUUAUAAUACAAGUUUUGCAAAGUAGGUCCAGAGAUUUUGUUUCAGUUUUUACUGUAAAUGGGUAAUAGUUGGACUACUUCUUUUUGUUUUUGUAAAAUUAAAGAUUUGUAGAACUAAAAUUUUUUUUGCAUUUCUUUACACUGCAGAGUUUUAAUAUUUGCAACUUUUAGGGUCCCCUCACAGCCUCUGGCUCUGUGGCUGAUUACUAAUAGUUUCUAAAUUGUUUUUUAAAAGAAAAUGUCUAUAAUCCAUAAAUAUUAAAUACCAUUCAGUUUUUCCUCCUAAAAGUGUUUAUACAUUGGUAUGUAUGGUACAUAAUGUAUGUGUACAUACGUACAUCUGUUUGUACAGUAUGACUUGUAAUCUGAUUUCCUUAGGAUUAUUGCGUAGGUUGUAAAUUUUCUUUCUUACAGUUUUUAAAGAGUAAUGCUAUCCAUCUGUUAGAAUUAGUGUGUCCUCAACAUUUGUCAGUGAAAUUUAAGGCACAAGGAAUCCUACAUUCUGUUUCAGAGCCCUCAGUGUCUUGUGUCUGACUGUUUUAAUUUAAAUUUCUGUGUUUGGUUUACCUGGUUUUCUUUUGUGAUGUAUAUUAGGACUUCAUUUCUUACCAUUCUUGGGGAACAGUUUUUUUGUUUUGUUUUUUCAGGAAUAAAAUAGAUACAUUUCUUAAGUUGAGCUACUCAGAAUCUUUUUAGAUGUUUUUGACUUACAGUUUUUAUUUAUCCCAACCCCAUUACCUCCAAAAAAAGAAAAUUGAAAGCAUACUAUAAUUGUUAAGACCGAUUGUUUAAUGACAUAGUUUGUGGAAAAUGUGACAGGGAAUAUCAGUGUUUAUUUUUUUUCAGCAGGAGCUUAGCCUUAAUGAAAUAUAGUAUGACCGGGGGACACUUAAUUUUUGAAGGAAGAAAAUGGGCAAAGCACGUGAAGCCGCAGAAGCAGAUAAAUAAUGUACCCUAAAAUUCCAGGCAUCCUGGGCUCACCUCGCCUCAAGUUUGUUUCUUUGUUUGUCUUUACCACCUAGUGGUAGUUUGUUGUGGUGGAAUGUAUGACAGUCCCACAUUGGUGACAAUCUGGUGCUCCUGUCAGCCAACUGGAUCACUUCAAGAUUCAGUUUCACAUCAUUUAGUGUUUAUGUUUGUAUGUGUUGUGGUGAGCCACUGAUAGUGUUUUGUUUUCAAAUGAAGCAUAAUUAUUAGUACAACUUUUUAGUGUCACCAGCUCCUUUUUAAAAUUUGAAUGAUGUACAGACUUUAAUUUGUUUUUAAUGCGAUAUCAAUAUUUGCUCAUGUUUUCUAAAUUCCUUAUAAAAUAAAAUUAAUUCAGUCUG